AUAGACUUGUAUAUACAUUCCAUUCUAGAGGUAGAUUUGACUAAGAUAUUUAAUAUUAAAAACUCAACUUAGAAUUGUCUGAUAAAUUCUUCAGAACCUGUUAAAAAUAUUAUAAACUCAACUUGGAAGUGUCUGAUACGGUCUUCGAACUCAAAACCUAUUAUAACCUUAAAACACAACCUAUCAAACUAACCAGGGUCCAGGAAUCCAAAUUGGAAAUCCUCCCAUCCAAACAAAACAGAAAAAAGGAAAGAAAAUCUAAUCCACAAAUCCCAACUUCCAUUCAUUCCACCAUUGAAAUGAUGCUAACUUUACACACCCAAAAUCUCAAAUCCUUAACUUUCAACAAAAAACUAUACCAUCAUUAUUCCCAUUCUCACUCCUCACCUUCAGUAUGGAAGAUCAUCAAUGUAAAUGGGAAUGCAAAUGUAUGGAACUCUCAGGCCAUCAGUGGGAUUGGCAUGCUAGCAGCUGCGGUGGUGCUUUCGACGCCUCCGCCUUCCGAAGAGACGUUGUCCAAUAUACCACAAGAGCUUUCAGGGAAGUCUUGUGAUCCUAUGGACAAGGAGUGUGAUCAGAGUAAUAUGAAGAAGAACAGAAUCCAACGUCCGAAGUCUAGGAAUGCUGAGUCUUGUACUACUAAGUGUGUUGGCACUUGUAUUCGUGGUGGCGAUGGCUCCCCCGGUGAAGGUCCUCUAAAUAUUCGAAGACCUAUAAUUGUAUUUAAGCAGGGAUUUCGAAGUCGACAAUAUUGCUUGGUGGAAUGUUCAGAUAUAUGCAACUUGCUCGACGAUGCAGAUAAGAGACGUUGAUAUAAUCUCGGUCAUCAUAUUUCAUUCCUGUGAUAUAGUCGAUAGUUAUGUGAUUUUUGAUGAAAAUCAUGAAUUUUGUGGAAUUUUAACCAGAAAUGGUGUGUACAUAGUAAUUAUACACUGACUACUGUUGUACUCACUUAAGUAAUGUAAUGAUUCAAUAUCAUUCAAAUUGGAAAAACUAAA